UUCAAACAUUUUAGAGAUGAAAUGUCUUGGAAUAAAUGAAGAGUUAACGCCACUUGGUCGUAUUUUAGCAAAAUUACCAGUCGAGCCUCAGAUUGGUCGCAUGAUGGUGUUGGGAAAUAUCUUAAUGUUAGGGGAUGCUUUUGCUAUUAUAGCUGCUAUAUGUUCAAACAUGACGGAUAUAUUUGUAUUCGAUCAUAGAAUGACACCAGCACAGCGUGCUUUCUCUGGUAACCGUUGUUCUGAUCAUUUGGCUCUACUAAAUGCUUUUCAACAAUGGCAAUCUUUGGACUAUUGUAACAUUAAUCCAACAGAAUACUGUGAACGUAAAAUGUUGUCGGAACCAUCAUUGACUACAACAGCAGAUGCUAUGGAACAACUGAAAGAUCUAUUUAUCAAAAUUGGAUUUCCUGAAAUAUGUUUUGAAAAGCAGAGAUUUGAUUUUGGAGUUGAAAUGCACGAUGAACCAUUAUUAGAUGUAGUAUCUGCCAUUUUAACAAUGGGAUUUUAUCCUAAUGUGUGUUAUCACAGAGUAAAACGGAAGGUAUACACAACAGAAGAAAAGUUUGCACUUAUUCAUAAGACAUCUGUUAAUUGUAAUAAUACCAUGGACGAUUCUUUCCAAUCACCAUUUUUUGUGUUUGCAGAGAAAGUACGUACUACAGCUGUAUCUUGCAAGCAAAUGACGAUGGUAACUCCUAUUCAUCUUCUAUUGUUUGGUGCUCGCAAAAUUGAAUAUACUAAAGAAUUAGUCCAAUUAGAUAAUUGGAUAAAUUUAAAAAUGGAUGUAACAGCUGCUUCUGCAAUUGUAGCUUUAAGACCAGCUAUUGAAAGUUUAAUUGUACAUGCAUCUGAAGAACCAGAAUCUAUUGCAAUGUUAAGUGAAACAGAUAUUAAACUUAUAAAUGUUCUAAAAGAACUAUGUAAUUUUAACUGUGGCAGAUACAAUCUUUCUCCAAUAACGUUUGUUCAAGGUGAUAGACCAAAUUAUAGAAGACAGUUUAACCAAACAUUUAAUGAGAGUGGUGAUGCUUCAGAUGAUAAAGUUCAACAUAUUAAUCAUUCUCACCCUAGUUAUAAUAGUUUUCAAAGAGGUGGUAGAGGAAGGUAUAAUGAAGGAAUAGGUUACCGUGGAAAUUCUUCGUCACUUUGUGAUGAAUAUAAUCAAAGAAGUUAUCAUGAUGGUGGUCGCUCUGUAAGAGAACAAGGUUUCACAGGUUAUCGCGGUGAAAAUGGAUUUAAAAGAUGUUUCUGAACCUGAUUGCUACACAACAAAUGUUUUUAUUUAUCUAUAUCAUUAUUAUAAUACCCGUUUUUCGAAGGCAAUGUUGGAAUAAGUUAACAUUGUCCGGGCACUGUAGGUUAGUAUUGAAUACAUUAAAAAUAAAAAUAAAACAAUUUACUGCAUUUUUUAAUAAUCACAAGUAUUAAUCAUAAUACAUUUUA